UUCUACUCUGUUGUUAUGAACACUUAGCAACAGCAUCAACUUUCAUAUUGUUAUUUAAGUAUCUCUCUCAAAGGAAUCGUGAUUUUUAUAUACAUUGUAUGUCUUUGACAAUGUUUAUGCUUUUAAAUUUAAUAUUUUUAUGUAGUAUUUAUUAUAUUUGCGAAGUAGCCUGAUACAAAUACCAACUUUCAGUAUGGAGAUCAAACAUUAAAAUAUAACAGCUGUUUUUUUUACUAUUAUGAGGGCAUCAUAUAUUUCCUUUUUAAUAUAUGAAUUAAUCCAUCGUCAUUUUCUUUCGGAUUAUUAGAAAAAGAAAAUUCCUUUAAUUUCUCAAUGGCAUGAUAAGUAAAAUACAUAUAAAGUGACUUCUACGUAUUUUCACGCUGUUACUAAUGUUACUUCCAUGAAAUACAUAAAUUUUCCUAUUAUUAUAUUUGGAAACUCAUAGUUUUAUAAAAACACGGACUUAAAUAUUUAAAAAAUAUUUGCACAGAAAUCAAUAAUAUUAACAAUGAAAUAAAACUUCAAUCGAUAUUACUAUAUUGCGUUAAGUAUACUUAUUUUAUUUUGAAUCCAAUGAAAAUUUCCAUGGGAAUAUUGCAUACCAACAUUCCCGUGGAAUAUUGGUAUAUAACAAGCAAUAUAUGCAGCAGACUUUUGAGUUAAACACAUAUUCUACUAAAUAUCAUUAAAAUCCACUCAGAAAUACUUUAAAUAAAAGUUUUAUCAUAUUACUACAAAAAAAAAAGUAAAUAAUAAGUUUAAUAAAUCUAUUUCCUAUAAAUUUUUUAGUUGGAUUUCACAAAUUUUCAAUGUCGGUACCUAUGAUAAAUAAAACCAAAAUUUGUGAAAAAAGUCGUGUUUUUUUUUCAUGAAGGAAAUGAAGGUUUUUUGACUUGAUGUUUUUUUAUACCUUCCGUAGCUAAAAUCGUAAGUAGCUCGGUGGCGUAGUGGAUAAGCGCCGCGUCCCGCGAUCGUUGUCGUUAAGCAACUUUCGCAAGGGUCGGUCACGGGAUGGGUGACCAAAAAAUUAUUAUCUCGAGCUACUCCGCGCUUCGGAAGGCACGUUAAGCCGUUGGUCCCGGCCGCAUUUGCAGUCGUUAAUACCCUCCAAUCCGCAUUGGGCCAGCGUGGAGGGUCAUGGCCCAUCCUCCUUAACCAUCCAUAAGGAAGGCCUGAGCCCCUUCAGUGGGGACGUAAAAGGGCUGGUGAUGUAGCUAAAAUGAUAUGGAUUCUUAAAUAUAGUCUCUUGUAAUUGGCUUACAAACUUGAUUAAAAAUAUUCCAGGCUUAUAUCGAAUUAUUUCCGUUUUUCUCAUAUUUGUAUCUGGUUAAAGAUUUACUAAGCAAACUUUAAAUAAUUUUGGUGCGAGUUUUGCAAAAAGAAUUAUUAGAAGAAAUCUUUUAUUUUUUCUUUUAUUUAAAAAGUAUUUUUUUAUGUCGAGAUUUUAUUCAAUAUUACUGUCAACAGAAGCAUAACUGUAUAACUAUCGAGAUAUGCUAUGCGCUUAUAAUGUAAUUUUACCCCAUCCCCUGACGUUUACUUUAGUUUUCAAGCAUUUAUUUAUAAAUUAUCAAAAUACUUGAACAUUUUUUUUCCAUUCACUCAUAGUUUAUGAAUCAAAAUAGGUAUUUUGAUUAUGAUUAAAAACCUUAAUAAAUUGUGUUCUCAAUAAUUGUUAAUACAGUUAAUACAAUAUUGUGACUAUGUAAAGUAAUCACUAAAAGACGUUAAGUAUAAAAUGCACACCAAUUUAAUAUUAACAUAAGCUUCGCAACAGUGUCAUGCAAAGCGCAGUGGUAGGAAGUUUUACUGCCGUGUCGCGAGGUCAUGUUAUUAUUAUAUUUUUUCGCCGUACAUGAAAUUAAUAAUGUGACCUAUUUUUCUAAUAUGGCGUUAUGAUGACGUCAAUGUUGACAUGCUAGUUAAUGUAAUUGUUUAAGUUGCUUUUUAAUUUAGUCUAUUUAGUUACUUGUAAAAUGAAGACAGUUUAGGGCAGAUACAAUUAAAAACAUGGGGAAAAAAAUUUUUUUAGGUGAUGAAUUUGAUAAUGUUUAUAAUAGAGAUGCUGUACGGUUACCACAAUAUGUUAAAACUCAAUCGAUUUUAAACGAAAAUAAUAAUCAAAUUUAUUUCAGAUUUAUGCAUCCAUAUGGUAUUAGUAACAAUUGGACUUAACUAAAUGCAUUAAGGUUAUCAAUGAAAUUUACGUAAUUCUACACAACAUCGACCGAAGUGAACCGGGACCGAAACGAAACAAAGCGGUGAAUAAUGUGUGCGUCUCUUUCAUUCACACAGCUAGCGGAACAAUAACGUAACGAAAUCAGUUCGCCCUGGUUUCGCUACAAGUUCGUACGUGUCGGUAGAAUUCAGCAGCGUUUAAAGUGUCAAUACAUGUUUUUUAUUAUAAAAAUGGAUAAUUAUACAGAAAAAUUGAUAGAAGCAGUGAGAGAAAGGCCGUUUUUAUACGAUUUGAGUAACAGUGACUUUAAAAACAGUUUUAAAAAGGCUGCAGCGUGGACAGAUAUUGCCAAUCUAAUCGGAUUUGAAUCUGGUAAGUUAAUAAAUUUUGGUGGUGUUUAUUUAUAACAAUUAAAUACUAUCAAUAUCUAAACACUAUCAAUAAACUUAACAAUUAGGUAUAAAAUGUUACAUCACCGUAAAACGUAACCAGAUGGAUGUGACAACAGACAACACUGCUCGCGCGCAUGCGGGCGAACCCGGGGUAUGAGGUGAAGAGGCAGGAGGAGCCAGCGCCGGCCUCUUUGCCUCAUGCUCAUGAUCGAAAUACUUUAUUGUUACCACAGAAUAGAAAAAAAGAGAUUGUUAUAGCAGGUGAUGCUGUGAAAGAAAAAUGGAAGAAUUUACGUGACACCUAUAAAAAGCAUAAAAAGUCUACGGACACCACUAGCAAACUAGCAGUUAAAAAGUUGAAAAAUUGGGUUUGGGCAUCACAUAUGCAGUUCCUAGAUGGAUACAUAAAUAUGAAAACGAUUGAAGGCACUCCUCUAAAUUCUACUCUAGAAAUAAAUCUAGAAACAAUUCUGAAUACGCAAUCGAACAUACAAGCGAGCACAAGCAUGUUAACCACAAAUACAUUAUCUGCCAUAGGGUUGAAGGACACAAACAUUAAUCAUAAUACAGAAGUACAGCAACAGAAUAUUGACAGAAACAGACGAAAGAGGAUAAAUAAAGAUCCUUCUGAUAAAAUUAUAGACUAUCUUAGAUCAAAAACAUCUAAAAAAGAUGACACAAAUAAGUUGGAUAGAACUGAUUAUCUAUUUUUAAAUUAUGCCGAUACUUUCAAACGUUUGACCCCGAGGCGGCAAGUUUUACUUAAAUUAGAAUUGGCAAAAUUAUUUACGGAUGCCGAACUUGCAGAUAUGGAUGGUACAGAAAUAUCACCUGCACAUAAAUACGAUGUGUCCACACAAAAUUUUAAUAAUGAAGACGAACUUUUAGAAGAUUCUAAUAAUUGA